AUGACCCUAGCCUCUUCCAGUGAGAGAGGGUUAUGUCGGAUAGAUGGUCUCUUGGGACAUUUCAACAUUACUUAUUUUUCUUCUUCUCAUCAUUUGUUGUCUUUUAUUCAAGUUUCCUUUCUCUUUCUUUCUUUCUCUCUUUGUUUUGUUCUUGUCUCUCUUCUGUAUGUUAUUUUUGUUCUCAUCUCUCCUCCUCCCCUUCCUCCUCUCUCACAGCUCCUCUUUUUCUUGCACUUCUUCUUCUUCUUCUUCUUCUUUUGCUGCUGCUCCUGCUGUUGCUGCCGCUCUUCUUUUGAUCUCUACUCCUCCCCCUCCUCCUUUUCUUCUUCUUCUUCUUCUUCUUCUUCUUCUUCAUUUCUUGCUGCAGCUUCUUUUGAUUUCUCCUUUUCCUCAUUUUCUUUUCUUCUUCCUCUUCUGCUGCUGCGUCUGAUCUCUCCUUCUCAUCUUCUUUCUUUUCUCUUUGUCUUUACUUUCGUUCAUUUUUCUGCUGCAUUUUUCUAA